UCGGACUCGGAUUUUAUUGUUCAACUUCCUGUUAUUUUUUUUUCUCCUUAGCCAAGUUUUUAGCUUUUAAAUUUAUUGAAGGAUAAAAGAUCAGUAGCCUCGGUAUAUGUUUAGAUUAAAAGAGAUAAUUGAUGUCUCUUUACCACAAUGGAAGAAAGCAAUCCACCUGGAAAAGAUCAAAAUAAUGAGCCAGAAAAAGCAGAGGAGAAAGCUAAGAAUCAAGUAACAUCACAAAAGAAUCAAUCUGCAAAUGCCACCUCUAGAAACCCACAACCAUCUUCCUUAGGUGCCUCGGCUUUAUCCACAGAGGGAGAAAACAGUCAGCACUAUGGCAGUGUCUUACCUUCAAAGCAUCCUGAAUCUCGUGCACAUAACCUCACCACUGUAAGCUCCCCUACCGUCCCCCUGUCCACCAAUUCACUGUGCUCUAGUCCUACUUGUCUGCCACUUGCUUUGGCUGCUGGAUCUCUCUCAUCAGGUGCUAACAGUCUAACAGACUUUGAAAAACAGGUGAUAAAUGCAACCAGUGGAUCUAUAGGACAUGGUAAUGCCCCGUACAACUGGCAAUCCACAAAGACCUCAGUCAAAGAGCGCUUACACUACCUAUAUAACACAGAAAUAAUGUGUGACAUCCACUUCCUUGUCGGAACCUUGCCCAAUCAACAAAAGAUACCGGCCCACAAAUUCAUUCUGUCUGUCGGGAGUGCUGUGUUUGAUGCCCAGUUUAAUGGACCAAUGGCUACUUCAGAUGAAGUUAUUGAAAUCCCUGAUGUUGAACCUGCUGCGUUCUUGGCUUUACUAAAGUUUCUGUAUUCUGAUGAAGUCACAAUUUGCUCUGAUACUGUGAUGACAACUUUAUAUACUGCUAAGAAGUAUGCAGUCCCUGCAUUGGAGAAAGCAUGUGUGGAUUUCCUGAAGCGCAACUUGAGUAGUGAUAAUGCUUUUAUGUUGCUGACCCAGGCACGGCUCUUUGAUGAACCUCAGUUAGCAGCUCUCUGUUUGGAGACCAUUGAUAAAAACACUUCUGAAGCCAUCAUGGCAGACGGUUUUACGGACAUUGACAAUGAUACACUCUGCGUAGUUUUAGAAAGAGAUACACUGGGCAUCAGGGAAUGCAAACUGUUUGCAGCAGUGUGCAGAUGGGCAGAAGCUGAGUGCACUAGAAGAAAUUUGGCUCAAACCUGUGAAAAUCAGAGAAAUGUUCUGGGAAGGUCUUUGCGUCUUAUUCGGUUUCCACUGAUGAAUGUGGAGGAGUUUGCUCAGGGAGCGGCUCAGAGUGGUUUACUGGAGGACAGAGAGGUGGUUCAGCUCUUUCUCUACUUCACUGUCAAUCCCAAACCUCAGAUCAGCUUUCUGGACGUACCCCGGUGUUGUCUUACUGGAAAGGAACAAGUGGUGUCCCGCUUCUGUCAGAUAGAAAGUCGCUGGGGAUACAGUGGUACAAGUGACAGAAUUAGAUUCAUGGUGAACAGGAGGAUCUUUGUGGUUGGGUUUGGUUUGUAUGGGAGUAUACAUGGACCAACAGAAUACCAAGUCAACUUACAGGUGAUUCAGUCUGAUUCUCUGAAAGUUAUGGGCCAGAAUGACACAACCUUCCUUUGUGACGGGACAAACAACACCUUCAGAGUGAUGUUUAAAGAACCAGUGGAAAUUCUGCCAAACAUCAGCUACACAGCCUGUGCUACACUUAAGGGUCCAGAUUCUUACUACGGUGCUAAGGGACUGAGGAAGGUUACUCAUGAAUCUGUGUCAAGUGGCAAAGUAACAUUUCAGUUUACUUAUGCCUCGGGCAACAACAAUGGAACUUCGGUGGAGGAUGGACAAAUCCCAGAAAUAAUCUUUUAUACAUAGGCAGUCUCUCUCUACAUAUACACUAGACCUCUACUACACACAUUUAAACAGCUGUAAACUUUCGUCUUUGACAUAAAAUUACACAGCUGUGAUACACCCUACUACAAAAAUAUUUACAAAUGUAAAAUCAUCUCCUGCACAUAGAGUUAAUAUGGAGGUAAAAGCUUUCUUCUCACCAAGUCAGAGUAACUGGUAACAACCAAACCUACACGCCGAUUUAAGACAACUGUAAACAACCCAUACAUCUCUAAAUAUUGGGCACAGACGUUUAAUCAGCCUUCUGACAAGGAGAGUGAACACAGUAAUGGAGAGCCCUGACUACCAGAGUCAAUUUUUUUCACAAUUCAAGGGCUACUAAAUGUCUUUGUAUAGGGAUGAGGUUUAAUACAUACAAUUUAACUUCAAAUCUCAGACACCAAAAAAUCAUUUAUUAUGGUAAUGUCAAAGGGAUUUUUUUCUUCAUGUAUUUUAACUUUAGUACCUCAAAUACUUGGAAACUGAAGUUUUUUCUUGGUCCCAUAGAUGAGAUGAAAUGAGAAGGUUUGACAAUAUUUAUACACAUGUGAUACUUCUGUGCAUUGGCUUUCAAGCAUUGUGAUAUAAUAUAGAUUUGUAACUAUUUAUCUGUAUCUAAGAUAUUUUUUAAUGAAUUCUCUGAGUGUAGUUUCACGGUACAUGUUUAUGUUGAACACAAGAAUGUGAACAUGUUCAGAAAUGUGGCAGGUUUAGGUAUACCACAAUUGUAUUUACUAUUCAGUUUAAACUUUUUGGAUGAUAUAUUGCUAUCAAGGACUUUAAUGUAUUAAAAUUAAUAUUUAAAAACAAGUUAUUACUGUAAAUCACCUUUUAUUCGAGUGCUAGAAAUAUCCGCAAGUUCCGCGAUCUACUCUAACUUGCGAAUAUUAAUCGCCGCGAACCAUUCAUUUAUUUAUAAGUAUAAAUAAGUAUUUGUAAGUAUUUGUAGAGAACGUUUCCCCAUUCGUGAAAAUUAAUCCUCACGGAUUGAUUUCAAAUUGACGAAUCGUGAACAAAAGAUGAUGCGAAUAAUAGUUGGUUUACAGAAUUAGAUACUGUUCUUGACUUGACUUUUUGAUAACCUAAUUCUAGCUUUGAAAGAGUUAAUGUUUGCUAUUUAUUUGACACAAUUAACAAAACAUGUAUAUCUUUUUUCAUUGAUGUGUUUGUCUACAAAUGUAGUUUUGAAUUUUAGAAUUUAUUGUCCAUCGUUUUAUUCGAUCGUUGGUCCAUUCAACUGAUUUUCCAAUAGUCAACUAUUCAUUGACAUGCCUAUUUACAGUACAUAGCAUUUUCCCCCAUAUUUAUUUAAAGAGUUUGGUUGUCAUGGAAGUCAUUUUCUUUUGUCAUGAUAACAUUUAGCUCUUCAGUGUGCAUAAUGUAUGUUUGUCUUUUAUUUAUUUUGAUAAAUGUUAUAAAUAUUAAUGAUUCAAUUAAAAAUUACCUGUUCUUUAAAAUUAUCAAGAACUCUUUAUGUCAUGAUAUAUGAUGCACGAGAAGUUUUAUGUAUCACUGUAAUCCUAUAUGUAUACAAUCUGUGUUGAAAGGCUAUUUAUUUAAAAUGUUCACGGGUUUCACACAUUUUGACUACUUAAUGUAUACUGUAGAUUCCUUAUUUUUUGCGAGUUAUUAUUGUGAAUGGGCUUUUGGACAUCAAAUCGUGAGAAUAAUAAUUCGAUUAAGAGAUUUUACAUGGAUUUCAGCACCAUAAAAAUAAAAGCGAGUAAUUGUAUUUGGCGAGCAGUGUGUCUCACAAAAUUAGGCGAUAAUUAAUUCCAUCCAUAUAUUUAGGUAUCUACAGUAGUUUACUCAUCAACUGCUAGCCUUUGAAUAGAUACAUAUGUACUUUUUCAAUGGCUGUUACCCAUUCACUUUUAAAGUGCCCUCACAAGAAAUUUUCUUGGAAAAAAAUUAAUUUAAUUUUAUUCUUUCAAAGCUCUGACAUUAUAUUAUUAAAAGGAAAUAUAAUUGCAUCAAACAGCAUCAGAACAUUGUUAAAGUUUUUGUGUUCUAUGGUAGGGUGUCAGCAAAUCAUUGUUCUUCUUAUUGCUCUCAAUCCAUACAUUUAUUUCAUGUAAUUUAGUGCAUGGGACGUACUCAAAUUUGAGGAAAAUUUUUAAGUAGCAUGAAUUAAAUAAUAUCAAGAACUAGAGGCAGGAUACAUUUCAUGACGUUAAUGGCAUUCUCAAUUUCUAGUUUAGUGUAGGGGAUAUUUUUAUCACUUCCUUCAUGUAGAAACUAUUAUAUGAAUUAUUACUAGUAAUUAGUGAGAAAAACAAAUAUUAACUUCAGUGCCCCAAAAUUAUGUACAUGUGGAUGGUUAAAAUUUGUGGAGAAAAAUUAUGUCAGUGAGCUAGUUUCAGAAGAAAUUGUCGAAGAAACAGACAUAACUAUAUUGAACAAGUAUUAGGAUAAAUAUUUUGGAUUUUCAAAAAUAUACAAGAAAUAGGGAAAUAAAUAUAAAUGAGUGUAAAGAAUAAUAUUUAAUAUGCAUUUGAAUGUUAUAGAUCUAAGAUUGGUCUUCCAUAUUGAGAUGAAAUCAUUAAGAUACUCUUUGUUUGUAUUAAAGUGCAUGCCGGAGUAACAAGUUACCAGUAUGUUACCUAUUGUUGGGAAUCUGAAUGCUUUUGUUUGAUAUUAUACAAGAAAAAAGGCAUAUGAAUAUCAUUUGCCAUGACUGAUUAUUUGAAAAUAACUCCAUGAAGACAUAUAAUGUAAGUGCUAUUAUAGAGUUUACAUAUGUAUUGUAAAUAGUGAUAUGAAAAUGGUCAAUCUCAUGGAAAUCUCUUAAUAGAUUUUAAUUUUCAGUCUAGCCAAAUUAAAGUGACUAAUCACAUCAUUAAAUCACUUUAAAUUUCUUAAAUUAUAAACAGCAUGCAUUUCAUUCAAUAUUAACAAAUUAUUGUAUAAAAAAAGAAAUAAAGCUUAAAAUGUCAAAAAACUGUGUUAUU